AUGUUAUACGUGACAUGCUUUUUUGAAUUAAUUGCACAGCAAAAAAUUGUCAUUGAGGUGCAGAUGAGAAGCAGAAAACAUCGUGCCAAGGCCAUGAAGAUAGCUGCUGUUGCUGAUGGAGUUAAUUCAGUGGCUUUCAAUGAGGAAAAGAAAGAUCAGAUGGUGAUACUUGGAGAUGGAGUUGAUGCAACUAGCUUAGCUCUGUGUUUGAGGAAGAAGGUUGGCCAUGCCAACUUAGUGAAUGUGGAAGAAGUCCAUCAUGAAGAAUCAUAUACCACUACCAAGGAAGUCACCAAUGGUUUGGUGGAAAGCUAUGAUGAGAAAGAGGAAAUACAAAAAGAGAUGGAACCGAUUCUGGGUUCCAUUAUAUCAGGCGUAGCACCAGCUCAUCCGUUAAACAAAAGAUACGAAAAUUGCCAAAACAAUGAGGAUGAAUAUGAAGAUGUGGUAGACUUAGAAGGAAGUGAUUUGGAUGCAGCUGAUGAUUACGAAGAAGAACAUGUCGAUGAUGAGUUUGAUAGUAAGCAGCAAAUCUCAAUUCAAGAAGAGUCUUUCGAAUCAUUAUUUUCGCUAUCGAUAGAUUCCAGGAAACAAGUUUAUGAUGCUGAAAUAGAUGAGAAGGAGGAGGUCAAAGAGAAAGCAACUUCCACAGCUUCAAAGCACCAAGAGAAGGAGAACAUAACUACAGAACAAGAUUGCAUUAGAACAUCCAUACGUUCUUCUUGGAAACCCCAGAGUUUAAUUUUGUUCAGUAUACUAGCAGACAAUAUGAAGCAAAAGAUAACCAUUGAGGCGCAGAUUCGAUGUGAUAAAUGUCGGUCCAAGGCCAUGAAGAUAGCUGUUGCGGAAGAUGGUGUAAUAUCAGUGGCUUUCCAAGGACCCAACAGAGACAAAAUGGUGAUAACUGGAGAUGGAGUUGAUGCUGCGGACAUGGCGAAGUCGUUGAGGAAGAAGCUUGGCUAUGCAGACUUGGUGAGUGUCGAAGAAAUAACUGAAAAGAAAGCUGAGAACAAAGUUGAACCUAAACAGGAAAAGAAAGCCGAAAAUGCACAUGCAGGACCACAACCUUGUUCUCACCAUCCUCAGUUGGAAUUCUACAUCCAUGAUCCACCAUCAACGAGUAUGUGCACCAUUUUGUGAUAUGUACAAUGGCCAGAUAAAUGUUCUCUUGUGAAACAGAUUCUUUUAAUGUACGGUAUUAAAUUGAU